CACAUUUCACACGGCUGUUCUCUCACACGUUGCUUCUGGCAUUUUCAGCGUCUUAUCCUGCUAAGAACAGGAAGACAGACAGCUAGCAGGAGAGACUGAAGGUGUAAGGCCAAGUGAUGGAACAGACUGAGAGUGACAGGCUGAAGAGGGGGCGGCUGAACAGUGGGCGACAGCAGCAGCAACAGCGCGAGCGGCGGGGUGAAGACAUUGAGGCAGCAGACCCACGUACCCAGCCCAGUGAUUCUGUCCCCCCUCAGCUCCACACACGCAACUCUGUUACGCAGAUGGGCUUCCCACUGACAACGAGACAUGGAGGUCCCCUCGUGCCCUCCUCAUCUCAGCUCCAGGGAAUACUUUUACAACAGUGUUCCAGUGAGGGGGAAUUGAGACCAUUUCUGCAACGGGUGUCUCGGCGUCCCCAGUUGAGCCAGCCCAGACCCUCGGUUCUACGUCAGGGUCUCCAGGCUGCCCAGGCUGGCUAUGUACGACACCAUGCACCAUAUACAGAGGCCAGUUCUGCUCCACCCACCACACUGUGUAAGGUGGAGGUGGACACAGGGAUUCAGGGAUCGUCUUCACCCCCUCACCCUGGGCUCUCUCCUGAGCCCACUCGUCACCCCUCUCCCCUUAGGGGAACCAGUCCUAAGCAAAGCUCCAUCAUCACUAGGCAUCACAACAGACAGCUCCACUCUGACCUUGACCAUGGAGGCUACAGCAUUGCGCAGUGGCGUGCUCAACAAGACAUUGUGCAGUUCUUGGAGAACCAGCUGACGGUGGAAAAAGAGAAACUCCUUGCAAUGCAACUCCAUCUGCACCUAUCUGAGCACAAGUUGACUGACUUGAAGGCAUGUUCAGAUUGGCCCUACAACAAGAGCCUGGCACUUGUCCUGCCCCAAAAUGCAGAUGGAGCAGCACGCGACGCCACUAAGGAGCAGGAAGAGCUAGCACAGCCCGGGUAUUGGCAUGCUGCCACUCACCCACACGUACUGCCAGAUCUUGUCCCGAGUGUUGAGUGUUACAAAUACAACAACAUCAGGCCUCCAUUCACCUACGCUUGUCUAAUAAGAUGGUCUAUACUGGAGUCUCCGGACAAGCAGCGCUCUCUGAAUGACAUCUACAACUGGUUCACCACCAUGUUCUUCUACUUCCGACACAACACGGCAACAUGGAAGAACGCUGUACGUCAUAAUCUUAGCCUACACAAAUGUUUUGUGCGAGUGGAGGGAGGAAAGGGGGCCGUCUGGACGGUGGAUGAACUGGAAUAUCAAAGGAGAAAAGGACAAAAAUACCACAGGGAUCAUCAUGUGAAAUGGCUGGCCCCCUACUCCUUAUAUCGUCCAGAGGGACCUUGAAUAAAUAAACAUCCCUUCAGUGAGUGAAAAACUACUGGAAAACAAAGUCACCAGGACCUUUAACCGAUUCUGGUAUUUUAUAACAGGGCUGGAGCAAUAGCCUGCAUAUUAGCUCUCCAGGAGGAGUGUUGACCUGUCCUGCUCUACAGUAUCAACAGUAAACAUCACCUUUGUUCAGCAGCAGAUGGUGCUACAACAUAGUCUCUGAUCAUGAAGAGGUGUGCAAGUCUGGAAUGUCCAUACAUUUUACAAUAUGGGAGGGGGGGUAUUUUGUAAAUAAAAACACAGGAAAAAAAGGGUAAUUUAUUGUACUUUUUGCAACGCUACAUUGCUAGCUAAUCCAGUUUUUACAUUUUGUAAAAUGAGAUAGACAUACCCUGUUAUUAAAUUCAUAUUUGCUUAUCUCCAAAUGGAUCAUCUGUUGCAGUCAUCACAAAAACAUUUCCUCACUUAACUACUUAUCUGUCACUUUCUUAUUGUUAUAGUGAAAAGCAUCAGUUCUGUAUAGUUUAUUGCAAAAGGGAUGUAUCUAGCUUUUGAUCUUUACUGUUUGAAUUUCCCAUAAAGAUUUAUGAUUUAUAUUUACAUUUUUGUCAUUUAGCAGACACAGUGACUGACAGUUAGGGCAAACAUUUAAGACAGCUGGGUGGAACAACCACACAACUCAGUAGUAGUCAAAUAUAUUCACCUUAAUUGUUCAUCAGCAAAAGGGGGAAUUUGGUCAUGUUAAACACCAGUUUAACUGCACCAUUCUGGAUGAGUUGCAAGGGUUUGGUGGCAAAACAAACAAUGAUUUGCACUAAACAAGGUGUGAGAUGGCAUGCCCUAAGUGAUGAAUGAGCUUCUAGCAAAUGUGGUCCAUUCCCAUCUAAAGGGAAGGAUUCACUUCCAAUAUAUCCUCUUUUUUUUUAUCUCAAGCACUUCCAUGUCACCAUACUCUUCAAUGUACUCAAGCCCUGCAUCCCUACCUGAGUGGUGUUCUCACUGUCCUGAGCCAUAGGAAGGGCACCUCCAAAAUGAGCAGUCAAAUUGCUUCAUCUUCCCGGCAUCCCAAUGUUGGAUGAGUUUCCCCUUGAGGCAAUUUCAUCAUCCUAAACCUUUUUAAGGUUCAUUUUCUAGCCCUGACUGAUUUCUACCACUGUGAAGAAGAAUGUGUAGGGAUGUGCAUACAUUCCCUAGAGAAUGUAGCUACACUGUGUCUAUACAGUAGUUCAAAGAAAUUCCUAAAAAUCUCUACUGUGUUUUGAAAUUUUACUUCUGAGUCAAAUUUUUAACAUAGCUGACAGUUGUCAAUAUUUAUGAAUUUGGCUUUCCCUAGAAACGGGUUUCCAGUUUUUAUAUCUAUAUUGCAAAAGAAAAGUGCAUGGAAAUGCAUGAUACAGGUUAAAGUAUUUAAAAUAUGAGACUAUAUCAUGGCUCCUUGCCCCUGGCACACCUCAGAGGGACCAAAUACAUUUCCCAGGUCUAUUAUUUCUGUAACAAGUGGCACCUUUAAAAUGUCUGUGCAGGUGCUCAUUACCUACUUUAUGUUUUCCAUUGUUCCUGGCCAUCAAACAGGUGUCUCUGCCACAAUAUAUGUUUUAUGGAGUCAGCAUUUACAAUAACAGGCCACAAAUAAAAAUAACCUCUAAUUGUAUUUCCUUUUGGGGACCCCUUUCAUUUAUAGAUAUGCAAAAGCCCACCUUAUCAGAUUACGGAGCAAUAGUUUUUUCCCAUGGAUUUAUGAUGUAUGGAUAUUCUGAUAUAUCCAUAUGGGUUCGUACAUAUUUAUGUCCAUUAAGCUUGUUCAUGUGCACACCAGUAUUGAUUGCAUUCACCGAUUCAUGUGUUUUCAUGUGAUACAUAUCUUAUGUCCCUUGAAAAAAAAGUAACCAUCUGAUUUUUUAUGACAAACAUUAUGCUACACUUGCUAUAAUCCUGUGGUGUAGCUAUCGGGGUGCCCAGUGGCUCAGACACAUUGAAUACUGGCCACUUGUGCAGGCUUGAACAUUCCCGGGACUUUAUUGAUUAAACUGCAAUCACAUGAUAGGUGAUUCUUUGCUAAUGUGAACUAGCUAGCAAGUUCAUUCUAUGUGAUUUUUCACAAAACAAUGGUUCAAGGAUGAUGAGGAAACAACAACUGCUGCUCAGCUAUCUCCAUUAGCCAAGACAAAUCCAUCAAAGUUGUCAUCAGUUCACGAAGAGUACUCCUUAGAAAGAGGGCCCACAAGACUGAUCAAUUAUGUGCUGGCCACUACUUUGUGAAAUAGACAGCCAAUUAAUUAAACACCUGUGGGUUGAACUUAGACAACUGACUGAGUAGCUCUAGAAGCUUGCUGACACGUGUGCUGUUAUAACUUAGACUUAUAUACACGUUGUUUUGCAUAGGAAACGUGCAUGAUAUUUGUACUCUGACUGCACUAAGAAGGGCAUUGUGUUCAGGGUUGGUGGAUGGGCAGAAACACCUUUAACCUUUACUCCAAUAUUAACAUAUUCUAAUCCAUGGAGAGGUUCUGUUGUUGCUUUCUAACCCUCACCUUAACCCUAGUACUUUGAUACCUAACCUUAAGUCUAACC